UGGUGGCAAUACAGUCUUCUUUAAAAUAAUGUUACAGUGUCUCUUUGACAGCUAGAUUAACAGCUAUAACCCAAACUAAAUUUAAACAUUAGACACUGAGACAAUAUAACGUUACAGUUAUUUGUAGAUAGCCCCUAUAUGGUCAAGUAGUCUGGCUUGUUCUGAUGUCGCGAUACGUAACCCAACAACCCCGCAAUGCGUACUGGAUAAUGUCGUUUUCUGGUGCAUGGUUUUUCAGUUAAGGACAUUUCAUGUAUGAGGUAGGCAAACUACAAGCUCUGAAAACCAACGGUCUGACAAAAGGAACAAGAGGAAAUGUUUUCAGGAAGUGCUCAAUGUCUGCAGACGUAAAUAGUAUUUAGCCAUCUAGCAUGUUAGGUUAGGAACAGUAGCUAGGUAGCUACACAUAAUAAAUUCAUUUUACAUUCAGUGAAGAAAUGCCCCUUCUUAUUGAAAACCACAAAAUUGAACGGACAAGUACAACGGCAGAAUUCUUCGCCAAAUAUCCACUUUUGCAGGAAAAUGCUGAAGCAUUCCGCGCGAAAGCGCUUGUGAAUGUCGACCCCAAGUGCCUCCUCUAUGUGCAACAGAGGGAAUUUGCAGCCACGACCCCAGCUGAUAACUCAGUUUCUGUUAUUGGAUCUGAUGAUGCAACAACCUGCCACUUGGUAUUAGUUCGACAUACAGGAAGUGGAGCAGCUUGUUUGGCACAUUGUGAUGGGUCUAGCACAUGGAGUGAAGUUCCUCUCAUUGUGAAAGCAGUCACCACUCUGAGCAGCCAAACCAAGGAGGGCAGGCUAGAGCUGCACCUUGUUGGUGGCUUUGAUGAUGAGUCCAACACAUCCCACAGCCUGAGCUUAAGUCUUUUGGCGGCCUUCCAGAAACAGAAAGAAGACAUUCACUUGGUAACGUGCUGCAUUACAGGUGCAUUACCUUUUUUCCUAUUCUCUUUUGAGUGUAUUUAUUUUCUUAAGGCCUGCAAUCUGAAGGGUUGCUCUUCUGCCCUCACAGAACUGAACGACAUUUUAACAGAAGGGAUUCACAGGCCGGUUGUAUACGGAAUAGGAGUCAAUGUUAAGACCGGUGAGGUGUUCCCAGCCUCGUUCCCAUGCCGAGGGCCAGCUGAGGAGCUGCGCUCAGCUCGAACCUUCACAGGGGGCCAGAUGGCUGACAUCUAUGAUUCUAGUAAACAGCAAGUGAAAAUUGGCCCAUGCAAAUGGUCACCCAAUAGGGAUAUUAAAUUCUGGCUGACACAGGAUGACGAUACAAUAUUGAAGUAUUUGUCGACGUCCCCUCUGGCUGAGCCACCUCACUUCGUGCCGCACAUCAAGACCACAAUCCAGUUUCUCUUGGACCACCCCAACCCGGACAGCCUCUUCCAGAAAGGGCAGCCCCAGCAGUUCCGCAGGACAGAGCAAGGAGACUGGGAGAGGGUGGCUUAGCAGUAGAGCCUCCCUCUUCGGGGGAAUGCGGAACACUGCUUUACGUCCCCCAGCACCUGGAGUCACUGUGACCCUCUCUCACUGAAACGGAGGGAAAUCCCAUAAGUCAUAAAGAUUCCCUCCUCCCUUUUCAGAUUAUUCUUUUUUUUGUGGCUUUGAUUUUUUGGGACUGAUUGAAAGCUGUGUGAAUUUUUGUCAGAUUUUAACAAACCUUUGAGCUCUAGCAUAUGGCUCAGUUGACACAGCAUACUACCCUAAAAAAGAAAUGGGACAAGCCUCCACGGGUACUAGAGGUGUUUUCUUUUUGUAUUCUCGAGUUAAAAGUCUGGACAGUUUAAUUACCAUUGCGGUCCCUCUGAUUGUGUUUUAAAUUCCUCGGACCCAUAAUGUUCUUAUUAAUUCUACUUUAUAUGUGUUUUCAGGAAAGACAAAGGAAUUAGAGAGAUUAUGUACACUUCAGACAAUGGAUGUUUUCUAAUUAAGUUAUCUGGAGAACCAGCAUGGUAUAUUGACAGUGUGAAAGGGUUGAAGAUAUAAAUUACACAUGUUCACAUACAACAACAUAAGAUGUUUUCUGUAAGGAUGUCCAGCAUGAAAAGAAUGCAUGCUACACAGUGGGAAACUAGCAUUCAAUGACUGAGGGCCAUACAAAUACAGUUUAAGCUGCAGUUUAAUUCAAUUAACUGGAUUCCAGUAGUUCUCUCUCUUUCAAAAUAACAUUUUCAAGGGCACUGGUUCUUAAAGAGCUUUGGGAAGAAAUAAAUUACAAAUGUAUAAACAACACUACAACAAUCAUAGGUUUGGACAAGAUUAUUUAAACAAGAAAAAUGCUGUAAAGUAAAAUAUCAAGACAAAUAAAACACUCACAGUAUAUAUUAAAAUCAGCAAGAUAUUUUCUGUGUAAAUAAGGAUUCUUCAUUGCACCUAACAUACAAAAGCAUAAAAUGUAUAAAAAGGAAGACCCUCAAAAUCUGAAAGUACUUUAAAAAUUGCACUUCCUUAAAGGAAAAUGAACCGAAAUAUACGUUAAAAGAAAAAAUGUCAUGAAACCCAAUCACAUUCCAUGUAAAUCUGUCUUGAGUAUCAGUGUGCAGAGAGCAGACAUUGCUGUGAGCUUAACCCAGAUCCAUGUUUAAAUGCCAUUGCACUUGACGUGCAUCCAUGUUUGAAUGGCACCCCUCUUAUGUCUCUGGUAUGAGACCUCAGCAGUAGUAACUGAUGUGCUUACACAGCCAAGUUUUAGCCUAUGCCAUAUAUCGUUUACCUGAAUGUGAGAAAGUCACACAAUAAAUCUUAAAGACUUGUCAAGA